AUGGCCGACGACGAGGAAAAGGCCCGCCAGGAGAAGAUUGCCGCCGCCAGGAAGCGCGUCGAGCAAAUGAAGAAGAAAAAGGGCAGCAAGAAGAUUGGCACGACGAAAAAGGACGAGUCCAAAGACGACGACGGAGAGCCCGCCGACGGCCGCGCAGACAAUCAAGAUGAGCCAUCCGCCGGCGACAAGGCGGCCGACGUGGCCGUCGACGACGACAAGUCCCCGCCCAUCACGCCGUCGCUCGCCCAGCAGUCCAAGAUACGAUCCACCUCGUUCCGCGUCGGCUCCGUCUCGGGCGCCGUCUCCCCGGGGCCCUUUACUCCCGACGGCGAAACGGCGCCGGACAUCUACAGAAAGCACGUCGCCCGCAUUGAGGAGCUCGAGCGGGAGAACAAGCGCCUGGCAAAGGAGGCUGCUGACUCGGAGCGGAGGUGGAAAAAGGCCGAGGAGGCGCUGUCCGACGGCGACGGCGACGCGGCCCAGGCCAAGUCUGGUGCCGACGACGAGGCCGAGAAGCUGAAGAGCGAAAUCGCCUCCCUGCAGCGCCAAAACGCACAGCUCCAGCAACAAGUCUCGCGCGGCUCAGGCCACCGCGCCUCCGUGUCCACCGUCACCCCCUCGUCCGAACUCCACGCCGAGCUCGACUCCAAGACGGCCACAAUCGAGUCCAUGGAGAUUGAGCUGUCCAAGCUCAAGGCCCGCGCCGAGCGCCAGGAGACGGGCGCGUCGUCGGAGCGGGAGCAGGUCACGGCGCUCGAGGAGAAGCUGGCCCGCGCAGAGGCGGCGGCCGGCAAGGCGCAGCGCGAGCUGCAGGACGUCAAGCGCAACCUCGAGCGAGCGACGGAAAAGGCCGUGCGAGAGGGCAGCGAGCGCUCCAGCGCCGAGACGAGGGUCAAGACGCUCGAGUUCGAGGUCGGCGAACUCAAAGGUGCCAAGGACGAGGCGGAGAAGCGGGCCGAGGGGCUCGACAAGAAGGUGGCGACGCUGACGACGCUGCACAAGGAGCAGGAUGCGCGGCUCCAGGCGCUACGCAAGGACAAGGAGCAGGCGGACAAGGACCUCGACGACGUGCGGGCCAAGGCGGACAAGCUGGAGGGCGAAAACGUCAAGCUGCGGAGCCGCAAGUCGCUCGAAGGAGGGGGCGGCCUCGACGACGAAGGGGUCGACGAGCUCGAGAAUGAGGAGCGGCUCCGGCUGGAGCGCAAGAUCCGCAGCCUCGAGCAGGAGCUGCACGAGGUGCACAGCGGCGCCUGGCUCGGCAAGCGGCGCGAGAUGGAGGCCGUGGGGCCGGGCUUCCAGGAAGUGGAUCUCACGAGCGGCGCCAGCGCAGGCGGCGGCGCGCAUUACCCGGCGGCGCACAAGAAGGCGUCGACGGGCGGCGGCAUCGGCGACUUUCUCACGAGCGGCCUCAACGCGCUGGCAGGCGGCGGCGGCGAGGCGGACGAGCUGCUGGAGGACGACGACGACAUGGACUUUGACGAGGAGGCGUUCCGCAAGGCGCAGGAGGAGGAGGCGCGGAAGCGGCUGGAGCGCAUCAAGGACAUCAAGCGGUCGCUGAAGCACUGGGAGGGGUGGCGGAUGGACAUUGUCGACACGCGGAGGGGCGGCGGCGAGGGCAUUGGCGACAUCUUUGACGUCUAA